GGAUUUCGUUAUUUGUUUGUGUGUUCGUCAGUCAGCUUUCAUAGUUCAUAGUAAAUAUCAAGUAUCUCUAUUUUGUUUGUGAUUCUGUACUGUACUCAAGUUUACUCCGACAGGCAGUGUUCUAUUUCUUUUUUAAUUCCUCUCUUUGGCAAGCGGAGAUUAGCAUUUUUAUAAAAUGAAGUUGCUAAUUUCAGUAACAUUGUUUUGUGUUUGUCUCUUAUCGGCAUUUUCUUAUGAAAAUUCGGAUAUCAAGUCUGCAAGAAUUGAAAGUUGCAGGGGAUGUUCAUUAAACCGCCUCCCGGAAGUGAAAGAGUUCGUGUUAAACGACGCCCCUAAAUAUGAACGGGUUGAAGUGAAAUUCAUCACGGGCGCUCCCCCGGAGCUGGUUUUGUUGGGCGAGGCUGAUAAGGAGCUGGAACGUAUCCCACUGUCAGAGCUGCAGCGGUCAGAGUGCAAUGAACUACUGCAAAACAGGGGUUUUGUUCAAAAUCCGAAGCAGUCUGAAUUAUAAGUCACUUAAGUCGAAAAUGUAAUGGUUAAUUUGUAGAAUUUUGUUGAUUUGAUUCAAGUGGGGUGUCACAAAGAAAUAUAACCAUAAGUUGUCAUUCCAGCAUGGAUAGUUGACAUACCAUGUAUUUCUGCUAACAUGUAACAAUUAAUUGUUGAAGACCUUAAGGUCUUCCUCAGAGUAAAAUCAAACUGAAGUACAAAAAAAAUCAAUGAUUUGUAACUGUAAAAAUUUAUUAAGCCAUGUUUUAAGUGAUUCAGCUGCAUUCCAUGAAUAAAUUUAAUAAAAUGUAAGCAUUAUCAGUAUAACAAUAAAAGAUUCAGUCAUAAAA